AUUUCAUUGGUUCAUAACCCUUGAUUGGGCCCAUACGCCAACCUCGGCUGUGCGUCUUGUAAUCAACCCCAACGCCCUUCUAGUUUGGGCCGCUCCUAUGGCGUCGAUAUCAAUCCGCAGUCCUGCUUGCCGCUGACGCGCCGUGUUUCGAUCCACGACACCGAGGAGUUUUGUUCCCGCGAGGUUAUACCAUCGACAACUUUGGCAGGGCUUGCCUGGACGCAUUUGGGUCGGUUUACAUCUGACGCGUCUUCUUUAACUCCGUCGAAUUUAUUCCCAACCACCCGCGAAAGACAUCAAUUACUGGCGCCCUCUCUCCGUCUGGGGUGUCUUCAACAAUUCCCCUGUCAUCUUGGCUGCCACUGCCGGCUAGCAUCUCAAUGGCCACCGCGGCAUCUCCAACGCCGAUGGGCACAAGCAGCCAGUACGCCAUGGGCAGGAGGACAUCUGCUAGGCAGGCACUGAGGAGGCCACCAUCACGGUCCCAACUAAGCCGGGCCGAAUCGAAUGCUCCCACAAGCAACACCAACUCACUGGGCCCUCAACCUGAACACUUCGCCACUUUGAACGACAGCUCCGACGACGAGAUCCCUGUGCCUAUGAAGCUCAGCGCUCUCACCAAGGCCCUACUUGAUGAUGGCGGUGCCUCAGCCGCCCCCCGGGCCGCUGCCGUCCCGCAAUCUUCUGCUCCUGUCGCAUCUGCGGCUCGGAAGAGAGUUGUGCUGAGCAGGUCUACGUCAGCCUCAUUAGAGGAGAGGGGCAACGAGGGUGAUGCGCGGCGCCACGUUCGAUCUGGCAGUGCCCAACUCACAUCAUCGCCAAGCCGGGGGACUGGGGAUAGCUCCGUACCGCGAAAACGGGUGAUCCGGUUGAGCACCACCAACACGACUCCUGGUGGAUCCAGUCUACAAACGCGUCUUCGCAGGUCGACUUCGACUCAACGCAAGAGGCCAGCGAGCAGGGACAGGAGCGUUGAGAGGGAUGGCGCGGGCGUACCGGAACCAAGUUCCAACUCGGAGCCUCUUGUUGGCCCCAGCCUUGGCGCGAAUGUAAACACCCCCUCGAAUGGCCCACGCCGGGUUCACAUCAUCACUGGGUCUUCUGGCGCUCGGGGAGCCCCAAGUUUUGGCUCCGCCGGGACCUCGAAGCCUCUCGGCACUGGUACACACAGCGAUCGGGAAGAUGCCGAAGAGCCACGAACGGGGGCCAGAUCCCGCUCGUCUUUGACCCAGGGCAGCGCCUCACGUUACGGCACGAGCAAUGGGAGAAAGGUAGACGACACCGCAGCCCCGCAGAGCUCCAUGCGGAUACGACGGAUUGGAAAGGUCCCUGGAAGCUUUCUCAGUGGUCCCGCCCGCCGGGGCAGAAGGAGGCAGAGCGAGGAGGAUAAUAGCCCCGCGGAAGAGGACGGAGAAGGUCUUGAGGGAAACCUUGGAUCUGGGCGGGAGCUUGAGGAUCUACCUCCAUCGCAGUCCGAUGCUGCGCCGCCGUCAUCAUCAUUCUACCCCACCAGUUACCGAGAACUCGCUGUCGCGUCAGGGAGUCCUGUUAGCGUCAAGGAUCUUGGUAGGGCUGCGUUGAGGCCAAAUCCGUCCCUGACUGGGAUGGACUCCAGUCGUGACAAGGACGUCAAGCGCCCGGCGGCGUUGGGGCAUGGUGAUGGCCCGCCGCCAUUUUCAGUUCCUUCGAUUACCGAUCAAGAGAACGCAGCCGCGGCAGUUCUCGCCAGGUCAAGAGGCAUCGUAGUGCCGAAUGCGAUCCAUGACAAAUCGCAAAAAGAUAUCCAAGACUCCCUGGGAAUGUCUCCGGCAGAGCGCAAGGCUCUUGGUCAGAUAAGCCGAAAUACCCCCCUCCGCCCAGCCCCGCCACCGCCUCCGCCCAAGAUGAGCGUGCUGGACGCGGCCACGUCCACGGCCGGGGCCGCGACAACAGCCCAGGCCAGUAAGAGGCAACGUGUUCUUCUCAAAGUCAAUGGUCGGGCAUACCAGAGGCUCGACUGCAUCGGUCGGGGAGGCAGCGCGAAAGUUUACCGGGUCACGGCUGAGAACGGCAAGAUGUUUGCCCUGAAGCGCGUUUCUCUGGAAAAUGCGGACACGAGCGCUGUCAAGGGGUUCCUGGGCGAGAUUGAGCUUCUGAGGCGGCUCUCGGGCGUUGACCGGGUGAUCCAGAUGUACGACUCGGAACUGAACCAGGAGAAGCAGAUGCUGAGCGUGCUCAUGGAGAUGGGAGAGCUUGACCUCGGGGACCUUCUUAAGUCAAGGAAUGGUAUCCAGGAGGAAUCCCGCCUGGAUCCAGUCUUCGUCAGGUUCUGUUGGAAGGAGAUGCUCGAGUGUCUUCAAGCCGUUCACAGUUGCGAUAUUGUCCAUUCGGAUCUCAAGCCGGCAAACUUUGUCAUGGUCAAGGGGCGACUGAAGCUAAUAGACUUUGGCAUUGCCGGAGCUAUCCAGACGGAUGAGACGGUCAACGUACACCGGGAGAACCAGAUCGGCACCCCAAACUACAUGUCUCCCGAGUCUCUGAUGGAUUCACAGCAUUACGCGGCUACUGCAGCCAACAACGGACGCCCCGACCGCUCUCACGGCCGCGCAAAGCUCAUGAAGAUCGGCAAGCCCAGUGACGUAUGGAGUCUCGGCUGUAUCCUUUACCAGCUCGUCUACGGGACUCCCCCCUUUGGUCAUAUUCCCAACCAGCUGGCUCGCUGUCAAGCCAUCAUUGCCUGGGACCACAAGAUCACUUUUCGCGAGAAGGGGACCGGCGGUGUCUCCGUUCCUCCGUCUCUUAUCGACGCCAUGAAGCGGUGUCUAGUCCGCGACCAGCAGUUCCGGCCUACUUGCGAGCAGCUCCUCGCGGAGCAGGAUCCCUUCCUCUACCCCCAAGAGAUCGACAUGGAACGGGUUGUGCCCGUGACUGAGGAGCUGCUGGCCCGUGUUAUUCACAGUGUCGUUGCUCGGUGUCGCGAAAGAAUGCCGACAGAUGGGGAGCUCAUGUCGGCAUGGCCUGCGGCAUACUGGUCAUCAGUGAAGAAAAGUCUAGCCACGAAAGAACAAAGGCCAUGAUACUUGAUGCUAUUAGACGCGCACAGGAUGCAGCCUAGCAUGCUUGGUUCGGAGUUCAGUUUGCAACUUGUAUCUUGACAAGUCACACUCAGUCCUCUCUUUUUGUUGUCACUGCAUCCCGUCAUUUUCAGCCCUCUUCCUUUCCCCUUCGCUCUUUUUGUCUACCUCUUAAUGAUGUUUUGAUUCUUCCAAUGCAGCCUUACAUUAAUCAUGUCCCCAAUUGGAAAGGUUACUCAAUUCGAAGUUCUGAGCUUGUUGAUAGGUGAAAUGAUAAAGCAGAUCGUUCCCUUGCAAGUGGUAAAAAAGGGAGAAAAAAAGCAUUCUUGUCUACGGAACAGUUGCUGCCGGGCUCCUCGAUAUGGGGGCAAUGCUUGUAUAACAUUCUCAAUGGCGCUGUGGUAUCCUAAAUUAUGUACAAAAAAAAAAAAAAACCUAUCCUGUCGCUCCAUCGGACACAACGACCAGGACUACGCCAAUAAGCCUCGCCUAGGACUAGAGCCCGCAAACCGCUAUCAACCUCCAAGUGCCAUGUUGAUACCACUUAAUCCUCUGGAUCUACCACAUGUGUCACCCUAUGGCAGCGACACGCUAGGCAUAUUCGCUCAAGCGUUUACCGG